AUGGCACAGUUCCCACCGGUAUUCCGCCGUCUACGACGUCCACUCCGACGAGGCCCCCUACCACGUCUCCUCGCCACGAUCACCAUCGCCCUCGUCUCCUGUGCCGUGGGAUUCUACCUGCUCCUGGCGUACCCGCUGGCGGACGAUCCCCGACUGGUGCCGGCCAGCGUGCAGCGCGCCCGCAACAUCCUGCUGGUGACCGCCCACCCGGACGACGAGACCCUCUUCUUCAGCCCGACCAUCCUCUACCACCGCACCAACCCCGAGGUGACUCGCGCCCUGCUGGUCCUCUCCUGCGGCAACUACAACGGGCUCGGCGACACCCGCCAGGCGGAAAUCCACCGCAGCUGCGACCGCCUGGGCAUCGCGCCGGAGCGCUGCGUCGUCCUCGACCGGGGCGACCUGCAGGACAACCCCAAGGCCUGGUGGGACCAGGAUCUCAUCCGCGAGGUCGUCGCGCAGUACGUGCAGCAGUGGCACAUCGAUCUGCUGUAUACCUUCGACGACGGGGGUGUGUCGGGGCAUGUGAACCACCGCGCUGUGAGCGGGGGUGUGAGAAAGUUCAUCCAAACCACCCCCACCGCCCCGCCCGCCUACAUGCUGCAGAGCGUCUUCCUGCUGCGCAAAUACGCCUCGCUGGUGGACUUGCUCCGCACCGCGCUGCCCUUCACCGGGCGCAUCCUCCGCGCGCUGAUGGUGAGCCCCGAACAUGAUCCUGGUCUUGCGGUCACAGGCCGCUACGAGGACACGGCGCUGCUGGUCAGCUCGUGGGAGACCUACCGCGUGGCGCGGGCGGCGUUCGCCCAGCAUGCGAGCCAGUACUCGUGGGACCGCGUGUUGUAUCUGGUGGUUAGUCGGUAUAUGUGGUUCAAUGAUUUGGUGCGCGUGCAGUAG